UAUGUAAAUUUCCUAAUCUUUGUCUUUUAAUUAACUCCAACUUCCUCUCACCAAAUAUUUAAAUUUACAAAUCUAAAUUAAAUUUUAAAAAUUCCACGUCAUCAUAAUACCCCACGACUCUUCCUACUCUUGGUCAAAUUUCUCAACGCCUUCUUCUUCCCUUUUAUUCCCCCUUCUCUAUUAAAACCUUCCCACUCUCCAUUACACAAUUCUCCUCUUCUAAUUAUUUUUGUCUAUCCCCCCCCAAAUUAUCUAUCUUUGUACAUACUACGACCUCGGGCUCGGACUCAAACUCGCCUCGAAUUAUUCGAAAACUUAAAGAAAAGAAAAAAAAAAUGAAAAAUAUGGGGUUUCUUGAGGAGAAAUCAAUAAGGGUGAUUAGAGCAAUAAAAACAGUGUUUUUCUUAAUUACAUUACUAAUCUCGUUUUUAUUCUUCUCUGCUCCUGUUCUUCUUGCUGUUGCGGAUACCAUAUUACCUUCUGCUUUGUUCUCUGCUUCGUCGCCUUUUCUAUCUCCUCAAUCGUUGUCCUCCCACCUUGCCAAUUACGAUUUCAGAUACUCGCUUGUUGAUAUUCCGUUGAUCUCCAUACUCCGCUCCCUCGUCAUCAUCUGUGUGUAUAGCUGUUGUGAUGGGCCGAAGUUGUCACGUGGGCCCUACUUGUGGGUGGUAACAAUAUGUUCGGUACUUUCGUUGGUGUUUGUAUCAUUAAAAGCCCCGUUCGUAUUUGGUGGUGCAAGUGGUGCCGAGAGAGGGUACACUAAAGUCACCGAGGUUGCACUAUUCGUAUGUUCUUACGUAUUGGCGGUUGGACACGUGUUUGUUGCUUAUAGGACCAGUUGUCGAGAACGGAAAAAGCUUCUUGUUUACAGGAUUGACAUUGAAGCUGAUUUUCAGUACCGUACAUAUAAAAUGAUGCAAUUUCAAGAUUUUCGUGAGAAACGUAUCCAUAACAACAUAGGAUUGACAUACAUAAACAUCCUUAGAGUCCUUUUAACUUGUGUUUGGUAGUUGAGGAAUGAGAUUGUACUAUCGAUUUCAUCUCACUUCUUUAUUGUAUAGUUUUUUUUUCUUUUUUUUUUUCUUUCCAUUUGGGGUAGGGAGAUGGCGUAUGGGAAGUCGUAGGGUGUUUAUCAAGGAUCAAGAUUAUGUAUAUAACUAAAGAGAGAGGAACUAUUAGUAUGAAUAUCAGUAGGCAAGCCGAAGGCUCCUACAAUUUUCUUUGCCCUCCAAAGGGGUGCAUCUAGCUAGUUAAGUAGCAAGUGUGAUUUUUUCAAGUUGUUGCUAUAUAAAUUGUAAUUAUAUAUGAUAUAUCUAUCUUCAACACUUUUACUCCGUUUUAUAGUUAUACGUGUGAUUUGGAUG